UUUAUGGUAUUUAUUCGUUCUUACAUUCGUUCUCUUGCGUGAUUGAUUGAUUUGAUUUUAAUGAAGUCGAGUGAUAAGCUGAAUUUUUCGUUUUCGUUUAUUUUGUUUGUUUUAAUUUCUUUUCUACCUUAUAAUGACUGAAGUGAAAGCAAGUGAAAUACCGGAUUUCCAGGUGUUUACGACGGUAAUAAGGUAUUGUUUACUGAUUAUCAGCAUCCCUGUGCUAUCCUUCUUCCUUGCGAAGCUCGUGUUAUUUGAUGGGAUCUUGAAAUUGGAACCGAUUACAAGCAGCGUGUAUUCGGCUGUUGUAGCCGUACUCGUUCUACAUAUCGCGCUAGCAUUAUACAUCUACAGGGCUUAUUACGAAGCUGAGAGGCCUCCGCCACCAAAGCCCGUCAAGAAGGACUAA